GAAGGGACCGCUUUGUAGGGAUGGAAGAAAAUGUUGAACGCAUAUAUUCUUUUAUUAGAUCUUAGAUUAGCUGGAUUGGCUUGAAUGUAAAAAUAGCAGACUACAAAAUUUGCAAUCGAUGAUUUGUUUUCUUGCUUAUUUUUCGUAAAUUAUAAUUUAUUUAUGAAAAUAUAUAUUUUUAAGUUAACUAUAAAUCUAAUUAAGUAAUUUUUUAAUUGAAAUAAUGAUCAUUUAGUUUUGCAGUUGGAAAGGAGGGGAUUUAUAAAUUAAAAUCAGUCUUUUUUUUAGGUUAAUCGAUGAGACUGGUCCACAAAAUAAAUACGGGAUAAUUCUAUAGAUUAAAAAUAUAGAAGAAUAGAGAGAUAAAAGUAGAAAGAUAAGAAUAGAAAGAUUUGAUUUUACAGUAGUGUUGAGAAUAAAAACAAGGUUCGAAAGUAUAUAAACAUUGGAAGUCGUCCAACAACCAAUCCCCUGCCGGCAUUCAGAUAAUGUCGUGUUCAUGAAAUACCGGCCCAAGUCCGUCCGCAUGUGUAUCGGCUUUAAAAGUAUCUCGAAAGUUUCCCGCCGAAAACGCGGAUUUCAGCGACGAACGACCGGAUCGUGCGAAAUGGAGGGCUUCGACGACCCAGGGGUGUUCUUCUCGGAUAAUUUCGCGGUGGACGAGGUUCACGAGAAUCGCGUAAAUCUCCAACACUCGAAGAAGAAAUUUAAGGAGUUUAUCCGGCAGUUUCACGAGGGUAACUUCAACUACAAAUAUCGGGAUACCCUGAAACGAAACUACAAUCUUGGCCAGUAUUGGCUGGAGAUCAAUCUUGAGGACUUAGCGGCUUUCGACGAGUCCCUCGCGGAGAAGAUCCAAAAGCUUCCCACGGAGUACCUGACUGUUCUUGAAGAAGCUGCGAAAGAUGUCGCGGACGAACUCACGGCACCUCGACCCGAGGGCGAGGAAAAGAUGGAAGAUAUUCAGGUGUUGCUAUGUUCGGACGCUCAUCCGACCUCCCUGAGAGGAAUGAAGCCAGAUAUUGUUUCCAAGCUUAUCAAGAUUCCUGGCAUAAUUGUCUCUGCAUCUGGCAUCAGAUCGAAGGCGACAAAGAUUGCAAUACAGUGCCGCUCUUGCAAAGUUACUCAGGUCAACAUUCCUAUCAAGCCUGGUCUGGAAGGAUACACACUACCUAGAAAAUGUUCUACGGAGCAGGCUGGUCGGCCGAAGUGUCCUCUGGAUCCAUUCUUCAUAAUGCCGGACAAGUGCCACUGCGUGGACUUCCAAGUAUUGAAGCUCCAGGAGUUACCAGACCACAUACCACAAGGCGAGAUGCCCCGGCACUUGCAACUGUAUUGCGAUCGAUAUCUGUGCGACAGAAUCGUGCCUGGUAACAGAGUUCUAAUUCUCGGGAUAUACUCCAUCAAGAAGGUGUCUAAGAUGAGUGGCAAGAGUGCGGGUAAGGAGAAGGCAUUAGUGGGCGUUCGAGCACCAUACAUUCGCGUUCUUGGUAUCUCUGUGGAUGGAGAAAAUACCAACAUAGGAACCCAGCCACCUGUUACAUCUGAGGAGGAGGAUCUUUUCACGCGUUUAGCAACGGAUUCUAAUCUAUACGAGAGAAUCGCGAAGAGCAUAGCACCCAGUAUUUUCGGUGCGAUAGACAUCAAGAAAGCUAUUGCGUGUUUACUAUUCGGCGGAUCGAGGAAACUAAUGCCGGACGGCUUGUGCAGAAGAGGUGACAUUAAUGUCCUAAUGCUGGGUGAUCCGGGUACCGCGAAAUCACAGUUGUUGAAGUUUGUAGAGAGAGUUGCUCCCAUAGCAGUUUACACGUCGGGAAAAGGUAGUUCUGCAGCCGGUUUAACGGCAUCUGUAUCGAGAGAUCCAGUAACUAGGAACUUUGUCAUGGAAGGUGGUGCAAUGGUUCUUGCGGACGGUGGAGUCGUUUGCAUAGAUGAGUUCGACAAAAUGAAGGAGGACGACAGGGUGGCGAUACACGAGGCUAUGGAACAACAAACGAUCUCCAUAGCAAAGGCAGGAAUCACGACAACGCUGAAUACACGAUGUUCCGUGUUAGCGGCGGCGAAUUCGGUCUUCGGCCGUUGGGACGAUAUAAAGGGAGAGGAGAACAUAGAUUUUAUGCCGACGAUACUGUCACGUUUUGAUAUGAUAUUUAUUGUUAAAGAUGAGCAUGAACACAACAGGGAUGUAACACUAGCUAAACACGUUCUGAACAUUCACUGUAAUGCUGGUCAAAUCACAGAGCAAUCGGUCGAAGGUGAAAUUCCUGUACACAUUCUCAGAAAGUAUAUCAACUAUUGUAGAACGCGUUGUGGUCCGAGACUUAGUGCAGAGGCAGGCGAAAAAUUAAAAAAUCGUUACGUAAUGAUGCGAGCUGGUACACGAGAACAUGAGAAAGAUUCUGAAAAAAGAUUAUCGAUACCUAUAACAGUCCGGCAGCUUGAAGCUAUUAUACGAGUCUCAGAAGCCUUAGCCAAAAUGCAAUUACAACCCUUUGCUACUGAAGUCCAUGUUAACGAGGCCUUAAGACUCUUCCAAGUAUCUACAUUAGAAGCCGCAAUGUCCGGUUCAUUAGCAGGAGCAGAAGGAUUUACCUCGGAAGAGGAUCAUGAAGUACUGUCCCGCAUUGAAAAGCAAUUGAAGAACAGAUUCCCAAUUGGACAUCAAGUAUCUGAACAAAAUAUAGUGAAAGAUUUUCUUAAGCAGUCAUUCCCGGAACGCGCUAUUUACAAAGUUAUACAUACAAUGAUACGCCGUGGUGAGCUUCAACAUCGUUUGCAACGUAAAAUGUUGUACAGACUGCAUUGAUAAAUAACACAAAAAUCCUCGAUGUAUAAUCACGUAACAUAUUGUUGUGCUCGUUUGUAGUAUGUUAAUGUAAUUCUCUCUCAA